AUGGCUAUAAAAGUCUCUACUCUCGACUUCCAAAUACCUGAAGAAUCACCCCAAGUCCCUGGAGAGAAGGACAAAGCUGCAACAAUCAUUCAGAAGGCCUGGAAAAAUUUCCUGAAUGUGGCUGUAUUCCAACACUUUAAAAGUCUGAUUGAUUUAAGAAGACAAGGGGAGCCACGCCAGAUAGUGAGGUUCCUUAAUCCUAAAGAGGCGGAGCUCCUGGAUGGUGCUGCUGGCAUUCAAGUCCGAUUCAGACUGGGUGGGGUUAAAUUUCCACCUCAGAUAUACUAUAAAAUUUUUACUCACAGACAUGUUGAAGAUCUGUGUGCUAAUAGCCCUAGAGAUUACACAAAGCUUCAAGCAAAAUGCACAUCUCAUAAUAAGGAUGAUCCACCUCUGGGUGAGGACCACAGUGGCUGGUACCGCCGUGUAGAGAACAAUGGCUGGAGGCCUGUUUCCCGAAGGUUUUGGAUACCACUUGAAAGUGAAGUGUUGGAAAGCACAAAGGAAAGCGAAUUUCAUUUCUCUAAACUGAAGAGAAAGCAAGACAUGGAAAAGAAAAGAAAAAUUAAAAAGAUAGAAUGGAUGAGGCAAAUGUACUACCUGGGGAGCCUGGAGGCCAAGGCAACAGAUCAUGAAACUCUAGGCCUAAUUCACAAAGCAACAAAAGGACUGAUCAGGAGCAUUGAAGAUGGAGGGGUCGAUUCUGUGAUGGAAUGGGAAGUGGAUGAAGUGCUGAACUGGACGAACACACUCAACUUUGAUGAGUAUAUUGCUAAAUGGAAAGAAACUGCUACAAGUAACUCUUCAGCUAAUUUAAAAGAUGUCAGGCUUGAAAGAAUACAGAAAAGCCUAGUUGGCAACUAUGGAGAUGGGUCACAGACACAAAUGGAAGCACCAUAUGAGGAUAAUUACUAUGAAAAUACUUACGUGAAACGGCCGUUCACUAGCUUAACACCCAAUUCCAUGUUUUGAAUGAAACCAUAAAGGACUUCCUUUUCUGAGCAAAUGGCCCUUCAAGCCUAUUUUCACUUAAAGCCAAGAGACUG